CUUCUUCUUCUUCUUCUCUUCGUCGUCGUGGUUGUUGUUCUCCUUUUUCUCUUCUUCUCUGGUGGAUUGUCUCGCUCGCUUGGAUCCAUCACCAGCACCAAAACUACACUACACUCCCCCCGGGAUACCACCAGCAGCACCAUUAUAUACCAGCCUCAUAAAGAGAAGACCUUGCUUGAUGCAGUGAUCAGUUCGACCUUUCUGUCUCGUCUGUUACUGCUGGGCUGUAAGUGGAGUUGUGGAUCGACAGUCUCCAUCGACCGCACCGUCUAGCUCUCUAUCUAGAUAACCAAAUACACCAUGCUAACGGCCGGUGUAGGAGAGCCAGGAAGAGACGAAACAGGCCGGAUGCCAUACAUAUCCCCUUCGUCCGCUCCCCCUUCGCCUACUGCAACCUCGUCGGCUCCCCCGGGAACUGGACCGGCAUCAGUUACCACCGCGGCGUCGUCCACCACCAUCACCACCACCACGACUACAGCAGCUGGAUCUGCCCCUGUCCGCCGGCAUGGACGUCACUGCUCAGAGCCAGCCGUGAGCUUCCAGCGGCCCUCCAGCAGCUCGUACCUGCACAGACAUAGGCGCAGUCCCACCAUCAGAGCCCCCGUCGCCCGUCUGCAGCAGUUUGAGGGCGGCAGUCAACAAGGAGGCCAGCAGCAGGGCCAUGAGGCCUGGACGGCUCCCGGGACCGGCAUGGGACUGGUGCUCUCUCCGCCGGAAUCACGCAGCAAUUCG